UGAAAUAAAAUUGCAGUGUUUGUUUACUUGUUUCGAAACCGAUACGUAUUCUUUUGAAGAGGCAAAGUCAAAUAUCGUUUAAGAAUAGCAAAAACGACAGUAGAAAUAUUUCAAUGGCCUCUGUUGAUGAAACUGUGUAUAAGUUAAAAGAAUUUGGAAUAUUAAACGAAGGUGCAUCAGAAGCCAGAUAUGAUGCAAAAACACAAACUCUGGAUGACUUGAAAGAAAAUUUGAAAAUGAAGAUAAUAGAAAUAGACAAAGAAAAAUACGAAAUGGAGUUUGAUAUAAUUGGUAUUGGAGCACCUAUUGCAAAUGCUAUAAGAAGAAUACUCAUUGCUGAAAUUCCAACUAUGGCGAUUGAUAAAAUUCACAUGUUCAACAACACGGCUGUGAUUCCUGAUGAAGUUCUUACGCAUCGUAUUGGAAUGGUUCCUAUCAAAGUGGAUCCUCGGCUCUUCGAGUACAAAGAUUCUACUGAAGAUCCCGAGAAAGGUACUGAAGAAGAUACUAUUCAAUUUGAGCUGAAAGUUAAAUGCUCUAGAAAACCGAACAUUCCAAAAGACAGCUCUGUUCCUGAUGACAAAGCUUUCAAUCAUGCCAAAGUUUAUUCCAGGGACUUGAAGUUUGUGCCAAUCAAUGAUAACCAGAAAAAAAUGUAUGGAAACAUUAGACCUGUACAUGAAGAUAUUUUGCUGGCUGUCAUGAAACCUGGUCAUGAAAUUGACCUAAAAGCAUUUUGUUAUAAAAAUGUUGGUAGAGAACAUGCAAAGUUCUCUCCUGUAGUUGUAGCUUCAUACCGCCUAUUGCCAAGGUUAAAGCUUUUGGAAGAAAUUAGUGGUGAAAGAGCUCAUUUGCUGUCCAGUUGUUUUUCACCGGGAGUCAUCCGAAUCUCACAUAAGAAAGGAAAAGAAGUAGCGAAAGUUGCUGACUCAAGAAAGAUUAACUGUAGCAGGAAUGUGCUUCUUCACGAUGAGUUAAGUGAUGCAGUAGAGAUAUCUAAAGUAAAAGAUCAUUAUAUUUUUACUGUGGAAUCUGCUGGUGCUCUUCAGCCUGAAGUACUUGUACAGGAUGCCAUCAAUAUUUUAAAAAGUAAAUGUAGAAACUUUCUUUCGGAAAUAAAAUCAUUAAAAAUGUAAAUUAAGCCCUUUUCUCUACAUAUAAAAAAAACUCGAAGAAAUUGUGAAAGGAUGUCUGUGGCAUGCUUGCAUCUUAAAUUCUAUUUUCUAAUCAUAAACCAAAUAAGAGUGUCUUUAGGGAUCGUUGAGUGGCUACGAGCAUAUGAGCAAAGCAUAGAUCAGUUGGUUGAAAUCUGAUUUUUACAUAAUGCUAAUUUAGAUAUUCUGGUGAAAAAUGUGAUUUUUUUUCUGGAAACAUUGCAUCCCAUGAGUCAUGGAAAGUUAUGUAUUUGUAAACUUGAAAUGUAACAGAUACCUUGUAUGAAAGUAUGUUUUGCUUUAAAAGUGUAAUA